AUGUCAUCGCCUUCAUCUUCUUUCAUGAACAACAUCUUGGAUGCUUCUACUUUGAACUCAAUAUGGAAUUGGCUACAAUCAACAUUACUGGGAGAGUUUAAUGAGACUCAGUCAAAAAAUGCAGGCCUGAUAGAUCAUCUUGCUCCAAUUGUGCAAGUUGUUUUGAAGGUUUGCUUUUUGGUUGUGUUGGUAAUAGGAAUAUAUGCCUUAUGGAAAAGAAGCAUGCAGUCACUUCAGAAUAUAUUGCUGUUCAUAAUCACACUCUACAAGCUUUAUAAGAAGGGCUCAGAAUUUUUUCAGGUUUUGCUGACCAACCCAGAUGGGACUAAUCUCCCACUUCAAGCCAAUAGUAAUCAUUUGUUCCUGACCUUGGGCAUGCAAGAAAAAAUACUGAAAAAACUUAAGACAGUGGAAAACAAAAUGAAGGACCUGGAGGGAAUGAUUAUUUCUCAGAAACCUACCACGAAAAGGCAUUGCUCGUCAGAGCCCUACUGCAGCUGCUCUGACUGCCAGAGCUCUUUAAAUACCUCAGGGUUCACGUCUACAUUGGAAACGUAAUGAAUGGACUCAGUUUCUCUCAGAAAAUCCGUUUCCCUCAUGUGUGGUGGUAGUGUACCAAUAAAGAUGAAGAAUUAUAUUAAAA